AAAUGUUUCAAUUUAUUUCACUUGAACAUUAAUAUUUUUCAAAGGUCUUUCAAUAAUUGAUCAUCAUGAGAUUUCUUUCUUUAUUGUGUUUUGUUGGCUGUACAUUAUUUGUGAAUUCAGAAAGCGUAGAAGAUUUGCAGAAUUUGAUACUUAAUGGUGUAUUGAAAAAUCGUAAUAAUUUUGCAAAUGGUUUCGGAGGAAAAUUACCCUCUCUAGAUCCCCUUCAGAUCGAUGACAGUUUUUCUGUAAAUGCCAACACUAUAAUUGAGCUAAAGGAUACAAUCCAGCAUGCAACAUUUAAGGGUUUGACUUCAUUUGAUCAAGCUAGCUUGCAUUUAAAUACAAUUAAUAGUACCUUUAGUUUUAAACUUCACAUACCAAAAAUCGAAUUUUCAGGAGAUUUCAAUCAUGAUCCAGUAGUUCUUAAUGUCUCAAAUGGCUCAUUCAGCUCAACUUUAAAUGAUGUUGAAUUAAAUAUAAUUGGAGAUUUUAAUUUUGUUACUUACAAACACCAGAACGGCAAACGGCAAAUACCAGAAUUCAGUAAUCUUCGUGUACUCUUCGAAUUUGGUGGACUAACAACAAACAUAAAAAUUCAGGCUGAAAAUAUUUCGGAAAAUUAUGUGCAAUUAUUUAUUCCAUUGUUAACAACUGACAUGGGUCCUUUACUACAGCAAGCUAGCGAAACUUAUCAGACCGAAAUUUCCCAGUUUGUUACUAAUUACCUUAACGAAAUGCAUCGAAUUAAAGCAUAAAUUAGUCAUCUAGGCAACAUUAACUGUUGUAAUCAGAUACCCAUUGUAAAAUAAUGUAUUGUGCUUAAUAAUAAAUUAAUGCAAAUAA